GGUUUGUGAGCAAAGCAGCCAGAGGAGGAGGAGGAAGAGUGUGGCUGCAGUCGUCGUGAGAAGACAAGAGACGUUACUUCAUGUGAAACAUCACCGAGCAUCUUUAUGAUUGAUGCGGUUUGAAGUGACCCCGCCCGGGUGUUGUCCUCCUCACCUGGCUGACCCAUGAAAGAAGCCAUGCCGGUCCUCACAGCGGGGACAGGGCUCCACGAAACUUUGGCCCUGCUGACCUCGCAGCUGCGGCCCGACGCCAACCACAAGGAGGACAUGGUGUUCCUCAGAGACGUCUUCAGCGAGAGGAGCUUGGGGUACCUGAUGAAGAUCCACGAGAGGCUGAGACAGUACGAGAGACAAAGUCCAACUCCGGUCCUCCACAGUGUGUCUUGUCUGGCUGAAGACGUGGUGGACGAGCUGCAGAGCAGAGGCAUGAGCCCGGAGGAGAGGGAGCUGGUGCACCUGCUCACCUCGCCACAUCUCAUGGCCCUUCUGUCCGUACACGACACCGUCGCUCAGAAGAGCUUCGAUCCCGUCCUGCCGCCGCUGCCGGACGACUACGAGGACGAGCUGGAGGAGGAGUCGGUGAAGAUAGUGCGUCUGGUGAAGAACAAGGAGCCUCUGGGCGCCACCAUCAGGCGAGACGACGUGACCGGGGCCGUGAUUGUGGCUCGCAUCAUGAGAGGAGGCGCCGCGGACAGAAGCGGUUUGGUCCACGUCGGAGAUGAACUCAGGGAAGUCAAUGGCGUCUCUGUGAUCCACAAGAGACCGGACGAGAUCAGUCAGCUGCUGUCUCAGUCGCAGGGAUCCAUCACGCUCAAGAUCAUCCCUGCCGUUAAAGAGGAGGACAGACUGCGGGAGAGCAAGGUGUACGUUAGGGCCUUGUUCGACUACGUUCCCUUGGAGGACAAGGCCACUCCUUGCCAGGAGGCGGGACUCCCCUUCAAACGGGGCGACAUCCUGCAGGUGGUCACCCAGGAUGACUCAACGUGGUGGCAGGCCAAGCGAGUUGGAGACAGCAACCUGCGAGCUGGGCUGGUCCCGUCCAAACAGUUCCAGGAGAGGCGACUGGCCUACAGGAUGAAAGUGGGCACACUCCCGAAUCCCAAAUCUCCCAAAACACCAGCCUUUGACCAAGCGUGUGAUAAGGACGACUGUGACUGUGAGGGCUAUUUCAAUGGACAGUACAUAGUCUCUCCCAAGUGUAAAGCAGUGGCGCCCUCCUGUGGCCAGGUGUUUUCCUGGGAGUUUUAUUCAGCCGGUCUACGCAGGAGCUUCCGUUUGAGUCGAAAAGAUCGACAGGGGUCCUCCAGCAACGGUUCAGAUUCUGGGGACUCAGACUUCCUGACCUACGAGGAAGUGACCCGCUACCAACAACGGCCCAAUGAGAGGCCCCGACUGGUGGUUCUGAUUGGUUCUCUUGGGGCACGAAUCAAUGAACUCAAGCAGCGGGUGAUUGCAGAGAACCCACAUCGCUACGCGGUGGCGGUUCCACACACCACCAGACCCAAGAAAGCUCACGAGAAGGAAGGAGUGGAGUAUCACUUUGUCAAUAAGCAGCAGUUUGAUGCGGACGUCCUCAACAACAAGUUCAUAGAACACGGGGAGUACAAGGAGAACCAGUAUGGCACCAGCAUUGAGGCCAUCCGCUCAGUGCAGUCCAAGAACAAGAUGUGUGUCGUAGACGUUCAGCCUGAGGCCUUGAAAAGGCUGAGGACAGCCGAGUUUAAGCCUUACGUCGUCUUCGUUAAACCACGCGUCCCCGACAGCAGAAGGCGGCGCACCACGGCCGCCAGCUCGCCAGGGGGGGCGGAACAAGGCCGAGUCACAGACGAAGACCUACAGGAGAUGCGUCAGUCGGCCAUCCAGAUGGAUCAGCAGUACGGACACCUGGUGGACCGGGUCCUGAUCAAGGAGGACUCGGCCAGCGCCUGCACGGAACUGAGGAGUAUCCUGGAAAGACUGGAGCGGGAAUCUUUCUGGGUUCCUCUCAGCUGGGUUCGGACCUAAAACCUUAAAUACCGACGCAUCAGGCAAUCUUCCAAGGCGAGCCACGAAGCGGCCGAUCCGGGACUCCAAGGUGAGCCAAGACCAGAGGCAAGAGGAUCGGACGAUCAUCUUCCACUUCUCGCUGCUGGUCCGCUUCGGUGGGGGGGAUCACUCAGUCAGCCUCACCGUGACUCCGCCCUGAUGGGAGUCCACCUCGUAGCAUGUUUUGACUUCAUGACAUCACAGAAUGCUUCCUGGACAAAAAAACCCCAAAAUGACUCUAAAUACUCGACAGAAUGUGAGAAGUUUAUUUUUCCAAAAAGUGCAUGACGGCAGCUUGUUUAUGUAAAUAAUGAACAUGUGACUCCUGGUGUGCCAACGGAUCAUCUCGUAGCACUUUGUUGCAACCUGUUUACCUUCCAUCCCCUUGAAGCCUGUUCCUGUUCUUCUUUGACUGCUAACUGCUGACUGAAGUAAAACUUGUUUUUUUUAGCUAAUUAUCAAGCCAAGAAUGACGACUAUUGUAGGAGUAUUUUGAUUAGAAAAACCGGUUUCCUGUUUUAAAGACUUGAAAACAAUCUUCCUCCAUGAUGUCCACUUAUUUAAUUCCAAGCCCCUUCAAGAUACAUGAAAACGAUAACUUAUGGCUGCGAUGAAACUGCUGCAGAAAUGAACAAAAACCUGACAUGCUGCAAUAAUUCAUAUUUUAGCUUGGUAUGAUAACUCAGAAAAAGAAAAAAAAAAAGUCACCUUGACUACUUUUGUUUUUGUCUUUUCACGUGCUGUACAACCCACUAAGGAAUUUGUAAGUGUCAUGUAAAAAGUGCCAUAAUAAAAACAAGACUGAAGCUCA